AUAGCCAUCGACAACAGGUACACUAGAAACAGAAUGGCGAUCUUACUACGGAAGAAAAUUUCUGAAGGAGAGGAUGUUCGGAUAAAGACAUUUAGGUUGUCCCUGCCAUCUGAAGAAGAUCACACAGGCCAUCCCUUGGGCGAAGAGGCUGGACUCUCGGAGCCAAUUGAUAAAGACCUAAUAAAGUUGAUAGGCUAAUUAGUUGACGACGGUGUCACAGAUGUUGGGGAACUCAGUCGCCAUAUCCAGCAGCAUGUCACACGAUGCCAUCCAGAAACGCCCUCAUCGAAUCGUCGAUUUCACCCUACUAUGAGAACCAUUCAGAAUCACAUGUAUUCUUCGCAGAAAAAGAAGUUCACCUCACCGGAUGAUCAGGGCAAAGUCAAAGAAAUUCUGACGCAGUGGAAAACAGAUCAUCCCAAUGACCUUGUCUUUGUAAGACACAAAUCCGGAGAAGAGUCGCCAGAGAAACUGCUGAUAGUGUACCAGUCGAAUUUCAUGAAGGGUUUACUAAAGAGGUAUGGGGGCUACAUCACCCUUUUGGACGCUACCUACAGGACCACAAAGUUCACCUUGCCGCUAUUUUGCCUGGCCGUAAAGACCAACGUGGACCAUCAGGUCGUUGGUUGUUUCAUUACAGAAGAUGAAACGACCAAAUCCAUAAGCGAAGCUCUUCGCAUCCUUAAGGAUAAUAAUUCUGAAUGGGUGCCUACCUUCAUAAUGACCGACUUCGACGAAAAAGAAAUUUCAGCACUGGAAUAUUUAUAUCCAGAUGCAAAAGUGCUGAUCUGCGACUUCCACCGGGAGCAAGCGUGGAGUCGGUGGCUAAAGAAAAGAGAAAACCAAGUCUCGGAUACAGACGGUGUUUUGAAACACCUGCAUUCUUUAGCCCGAGCAACAUCUGAAAUCCAGUUUGAAAUGGCACUGGAGAAAUUGCAAGAAUCUGCAUUUUGGGGAAAUGUCAGAUUUUCUUCUUACAUGUCUAGGAUUUGGUUGCCAGUGAAAGAGCGAUGGGCUAGGUGCUACCGCGCUGGGCUCAACAUCAAUGUUCACACCAACAACGGAUUAGAGAGGUUACACCAGUCCUUCAAGCGCUCUUACCUCAAGGGAAAGACUCAAGCCACACUGUCCCGGACUGUUAAUUCCCUCAUAGAACAGUUCUUUCCGGAUAAGUAUCGCAGUUACGUUGCAGGGAAUCAGGCUAUGAUUGGCACCUUCAGUCGUAUUAACCCGGAAAUUCCAGAUUUUCUGCACAAACGGCCUACACAUGUCAUUAAGACGUGUUUUGAGAUGAUGGAGAUGUCCAAGGAAAUACCAGAGACUGAUAUCGUGAGGAAUGAUGAGGGCUACUUCUCUGUAGGAAAACACAGUGUCUUCCUCGGUGACACGAAACAGUUUGCAAAGUGUUCAUGUUUUGCCUGGGGGAAAAAUAUGUUGCCAUGCAAACAUAUGUUUUCUUUAUUGAGAUCCGGCGAUUCGUACAACUGGGAUGCUUUAGGCUCAAGCGUCCGAGAAUCACCCUUUUUGAAUGUCGACUACGCAAAUGCAGUUGACACGGAAUGUUAUACGAACAAAACUGAAAAGCCGGCAUUAGUAUCCUUGUAUGGGACGAAUGAUGCAAGCUCUUCAGAAGCCCCCUCACAGACUGCUGUACACCAGAAAGAAGUAUCGACAAUUUCCCUUCAAAAGUCACUGCGGGAAAAAUUGGACGUUCUUAAAGAACAGAGCUACAUUAUUCAAGAACGUAACGUCCUAGAAGAUGUCAUCAAUGACUUAGAUAAAGUCAUAAGUGCUAUUCCAAAAUCAAGCACCUUGACCGAAAGACCAGUGCUUAAAAGGACUUUAAGUCUGAAAUUGCGUCGCAAACCCACAAAGAAUAGGAAGAUAUAUAAAGAGGUGCCCAUGUGCGAGGUACCCAUAUCCAAAGACAUGCGAGUUCACGAUGCUCCAAUCGACACCGAAGGGCGAUCAUUUACGCAACCAAAGUGCAGUGUUGAUGCAGAAGGUAUCUUCUUCAAAGAAAACAACACAGUUCAGGAAGCAGAGCCAUGCGAGUCUCUCCCUGACCUGAACACUUUCGAGAUAGAUGAGAUAGAAGGAUCUUCUUGA